AUGCAGGAGGAAGCCCGAAGACUUGUCCGCAUCCAACUGGUGUUUGAAGACGCCUCGGGCGGCCUUCGUCCUCAAACAAAAAACUUCGAAGACUUGGACAUGUUGGCCGGGGAGCUGAAACUCAAGAGCGAACUGUGGGAGGCGGUCUGCGAGGCCGACGAACAUUUGGACAACUGCAGCACAGACACCAUCCGCUCCGUGGAUCUGGACAAGAUGGGCGAGGUGGCCAGCCACGUCGACGCAGUGGUGGAGAACAUCCGCCCAUGCACCACUCAAGUGGUUGGGGGCUUCGAGCUCGAGCGACUAGAGAAGUUACAAGCCACUCUACAUGGUCUAGCGCCGGUGAUCCGCGAUCUACGCAACCCGCACUUGGCGGAGCGGCACUGGAGCAAACUCGAGCACAAGAUGCAAUUGCAACAGCUUCUUGAAGUGAACGCUGUCGGCCACGGUACAGCGAUCCGACACGUGUCUGAAGAAGCCUCGGCUGAAGCUGCGAUCGCUGGGAGCUUUAUGAGCGUUGUGCGUACGUGGGAAGCUCAGGAGAUCCCAGUAGAAGCGAGAAAAGACCGCGACGGACGUGACGUUUACUGUAUUGGCGACUGUGUCGAGCUUUCGUCUCUUAUCGAGGAGAGUCAGGUGCUUCUCCGAGUCAUGGAUCUGUCCACGUACUCUCUCGUGGUGCAGGAGCGACUGCCGAAGAUGAUUUCGGAUCUCGAUCAUACGAAGGCGUCACUGGAGCUGCUGCAGGUGUGUCAACGCAAAUGGGACUACACCCAGCGGUUAGUGUCAAUCGACUUCGCGCGGACUUUUCCAGACCAAGCCAAGCAGCUACAGAAGCACGACACGGCGUGGCGUUCGUUGACUCUUAACCUGUUCAAUCGCUCACUGUGUCUGCCGUUUGGGGUUAAUACGGAGCAUCGUCAGACGCUGCAAGUGAUUCUGGAAGGAUUCGAAGGCGCGGUGAAAACGUUGGCGGAUCAUCUUGAGAUCAAGCGUCAGGUGUUCCCCGCCUUCUUCCAGCUCUCCGACUUGGAGCUGGCUACGCUGCUGUCCAAGUGUCGAGAUGUGGGCUGCAUCCCGUCUUUCCUGUAUCAAUGCUUUGAUAAUGUUGGACGCAUAGUUUUCGGGGUUCGAGACGGAUUCCAAGAUAUUCUCCAGAUAACAUCCCGAGUCCAUGGCGACGCUGAAACGAUCCCCAUGGGCAAGAACCUGAAAGCACGAGGGCCGGUGGAGCAGUGGCUGGCUGCGGUGGAGAAACGACUAGCAGAACAACUGCGCCGAUCCACGAAACAAGCGAUCGAGAUGCUCGCUCGAUACGAGAGCCCUCAGCCUAAUGCGGCCGCUCCAAAGAUCGACCUCACCCGCUUCUCAAUCCAGGUGCGUGAUCAAAACCUUGAAAUUAUUUGGGUGAAGCAACUAACAUUUUCAUUAUUUUAG